ACAUGGCGUCCUAGAGCAUCAUCCACGCUUGUUUGUUGACAUAUAUUUAGAAAUCAAGCUUAUGCUGUAUUUGUGGAUUUACAACUACUAUAACUAUGUCGAGACUCAUCGUUAAAAAUCUCCCUAAUGGGAUGAAAGAGGAGAGGUUCAGGUCGAUGUUUGCCGCCUUUGGCACAGUGACAGACUGCUCUCUGAAGUUUACCAAGGACGGCAAGUUCCGCAAGUUCGGCUUCGUGGGUUUUAAAGCGGAGGAAGAUGCGAACGGAGCUCUGAAACAUUUCAACAAGAGCUUCGUGGACACAUCCAGAGUGACGGUGGAGAUGUGUAAGGCUUUUGGAGACCCCACCAAAGCAAAAGCCUGGAGCAAACAUACCCAGAGCUCAGGCCCGGACAAACCCUCCUCUCCUGCUGGUACUGACAGCAAAAAGAAAAAGGAACAGAAAAAGGAAACCGACAGCACACUUGGAGAUCUGGAAGAGGAUCAGGGAUUCAAGGAGUUCCUGUCAGUGCAUCAGAAUCGAAGCCAAGUCCCGACCUGGGCGAAUGACACCGUGCAGCAAACUACCGAUCCCGACGCUGGACGGACGAAGGCUCCGGGCAAGAAGAAGAAGCCAGCUUCGGAUGAUUACCUCAACUUUGAUUCAGAACAGUCCGAGGAUGAGGAUGAGAAAGAGGAAGAGGAAGACGUAGAUGACGAAGAUGAAGGUGCCACUAAAGAAGCACUGAAGUCUGGCUUAUCAGAUAUGGAGUACCUGCGCUCAAAGGUGGCGCAGACAGACGACACAAUGGAGGAGAGUGAAGAGAAGCAUGAUGUUGACGAAAAUGAGGAUUGCGGUCCCGUGCAGCACACGGACAGCGCCUACGAGAGCGGUGACAGAGACAACGUGUCAAAGACCAAAACCUCAGUUUCUUCUGAGGAUAAGAAGCAGAGCAAAGCGAAGAAAGCUGCCAAGCAAGAGAUGGAGCCGACGACCGAGUUCACGGUGAAGCUCAGAGGAGCCCCGUUCAAUGUGAAAGAGCAACAAAUCCGAGAGUUCAUGACGCCGCUGAAACCUGUAGCUAUCAGGAUUGGGAAGAACGAAAGCGGAAAUAGAACAGGUUAUGUAUAUGCGGACUUGCACUCUGAUGAAGAGGUGGAAAAGGCUUUGAAGAAGAAUAAAGACUACAUAGGCGGGCGUUACAUUGAGGUCUUCCGUGUGGAUGCCUCUGGGGGUAAAGGCAAGAGAGACAGGAAGGACAAGGAAAUUGACAGGAACUUCACCAGGAAGCUGAAGGAAGAUGAGGAAGAGGAAGAUGUUGCAGAGUCGGGUCGACUCUUCAUCAGGAACCUUCCUUACACCUGCACUGAGGAAGAGAUCAAAGAGCUAUUUGACAAACAUGGUCCUGUCGCUGAGAUGCUCUUCCCUAUUGACAAUCUAACCAAGAAACCUAAAGGAUUCGCUUUCGUGACGUACAUGAUACCAGAGAAUGCUGUGACCGCUCUGGCUCAGCUGGACGGACAUGUAUUUCAGGGCCGGAUGCUUCACCUGCUUCCCUCCACACUGAAGAAGGAAAAGACCGAGUCUUCAGAUGCUGGUGGUCCUGGCUCGUCGACUUACAAACGGCAAAAAGAUGCUAAAGAUAAAGCUUCUAGUUCCAGCUCCCACAACUGGAACGCCUUGUUUCUGGGCACAAGUGCAGUGGCAGAUGCCAUUGCUGAAAAAUACAACACCACAAAAAGCCAAGUCCUGGACCAUGAGUCAAAGGGAAGCCUUGCAGUGAGGAUGGCUCUGGGUGAGACGCAGAUUGUUCAAGAGACUCGGCAGUUCCUACUAGACAACGGUGUCAGUCUGGAUUCCUUUAGUCAGGCAGCAGCAGCGAGGAGUACAGCUGUGAUCCUGGUGAAAAACCUUCCAGCUGGAGUGACGGCGUCCGAGUUGGAGGAGCUUUUCUCACCUCAUGGCUCUUUGGGCCGAGUGCUGCUGCCGCCCUCAGGCCUCACCGCCGUCAUCGAGUUCCUCGAGCCAACUGAAGCGAAACGAGCUUUCACUCGGCUGGCCUACAGCAAGUUCCAUCACAUCCCGCUGUAUUUGGAGUGGGCACCUGUGGGGGUGUUUUUGGCAGCCAAACCAGAACCAGUAGCACAAAAAGAGGAUGCAAUGAAAGAGCAGAAGAAGGAUGAAGAAGAUGAGGAGGAGGAGGAGGAGGAAGAGCAAUCUGCUCCUGGUUCAACACUUUUCAUUAAAAAUCUUAAUUUCAGCACGAGAGAGGAGAAACUACAGGAGAUGUUCUCCAAAUGUGGCAAGAUCACAUCCUGCACCAUCUCCAAGAAGAAAGAUAAAACAGGCAACAUGUUGUCCAUGGGCUACGGUUUUGUCCAGUAUCAGUCCGCAGAGGCAGCACAGAAAGCCCUGAGGCAACUACAGCACUGUACUGUAGAUGAUCACCAACUAGAGCUGAAGAUUUCUGAGAGAGCCACAAGGUCUACUGAAGUGUCACGGAAGAAGAAGCAAGAUGAGAAGAAACAGACAGGAUCCAAAAUCCUUGUGCGAAACGUCCCCUUCCAAGCGACUGUCAGGGAAAUUCGGGAACUCUUCUGUACAUUUGGAGAGCUGAAGACAGUCCGUCUUCCAAAGAAAGCAGCUGGUUCAGGGAAUCAUAGAGGCUUUGGCUUUAUUGACUUCAUCACCAAACAGGACGCUAAGAAAGCAUUUGCUGCUCUGUGCCACAGCACCCAUCUGUACGGGAGACGCCUCGUGCUGGAGUGGGCUGAUGCUGAGGAAACAGUAGAGACAUUGAGACGGAAAACAGCCGAACAUUUUCAUGUGGGCGCCAAAAAGCAGCGAAAAUCAGACGUUAUGGAGGGAAUUAUGGAGACGAUGGAAACUGGAGGUGGGGAAGACUGAGUUCCCUGAACGCUAUUAUCUCUUUCGAAGCCUCGACUCCGACCAGCGCUCCUGUGUGUCUCUGUAUGAACAAAAUAAGGACCUGAGUACCGUGUGCAGAAGGAACUAAUUAUAAGGAAUUUAUCAACUUUGUGGAACUUCUGGAUUUCUUACAUGAUUUGUAAUGGGUUGUAUAGAAUGAUGCCUCAAAGAAAUAUGAUUGGACCGAUGUUAGUUUUUCUAUAAAAUUUUAUUCCAUGCUUUUAAAGUC